AUUCACAAACACUGUCGAAGAAGCACGAAGGUUUGGUUUCCAUUGCGAUUUGCGGAGAGUGAGCUUGUCGGAAAGAAGAGAAAAUGGGAAGAAAGAAGGGGUACGUUGAGUUCGAUGAAUCGCCGCCGGACGAUUUCGAUCCGGCUCAUCCGUACAAGGACCCGGUGGCGAUGUUGGAGAUGAGGGAACACAUCGUCAGGGAGAAGUGGAUCCAAAUCGAGAAGGCUAAGAUCAUUCGGGAGAAGCUUCGUUGGUGCUACCGCAUCGAAGGUGUCAACCACUUUGAGAAGUGCAAACAUCUUGUUAACCAGUACCUUGAAUCCACUCGUGGUGUUGGUUGGGGCAAGGAUCAUCGUCCCCACUGUUUCCACGGUCCAAAACCUGAGCCCGUGGAAUCUGAAUGACUGUCCUGUGGAUAAAUAAAAAGGGAAGAUUUAUUACCCAACUGAUCAUAUCGCUGAAAUCAGAUAAUUGGUGGAGAAGUGCCUAUGUAGCAGUUAUUGUGUUCUUGUUCUUUUCCGUUAUUCAAACUUCAUUUGAAGUUCAACUGUAUUUUGGCCUUACGUCGGCUAUUUUUGCUUGGCUUAUCAGGCUUGUGUUGCUUGUUAACCUCUAAAUGUAAACAAGUUUGAAAAGACUUAUGAGCAGAAGUACAUCAGUUUAUGAAAUAAGUUUCUCAGCAUUCUCUCUA